UAUGGAUAUAAAAAGAAGAAAUAUUUAAUAUUCAAAACCAUGUCCUGUUUAUCUUCUGGCUUCUUUUGGAUGUGCUACAACUAUACUAAGUGAAGUACUUUGCUAUCCACUUGAAUACAUCAAAAUCAAAUUACAAAUGAAUGGAACUUAAGGUUGUCCAAAAUACAAAAAUCUAAAAUCAAUAAUUGCUGAAACAACAUCUAUAAAACAAUAUUAUAGAGCAUUGAAUGCUUAAAUGUUGAAAAUCAUACCUUACUCUACCACAAGAAUAUUUGCAUAUGAAUUCAUACGAACUGCAUUUACAGGAGAUAUUGUAGAAACUACUUAUAAAAGGAAACUCUCAUGUGCAUCAAGUGCUUAUGCUAUUGCAUUACUCACUGGAAAUAUGGGAGACAUUAUGAAGAUUAGGUUAAUAAAUAAUUAAGAAUUAACAUUGAUUUAAGCAAUAUAGUAAUCUUAUAAUAAAACUGGAUUUGCUGGAUUUUUUAGAGGUUAUUGGCUUAAUCUUAUUACUAUUACAUUAAUUUAAGCUGUAGAAAUAUCAUUAUUUGAGAAAUUUAAGAGAUUUUUUAUCAAAAAUUUUACUUAAGGAAAUAAUACAAUUGGGAUUGAUGCAAUAGCCAGUUUAAUUACAGGAGUUAGUAGUGGUAUAUUAACAGCUCCAUUAGAUGGAUUUAAAUGUAGAUAUAUGAAUCAAUUGAUUGAUCAAUAGACAUAUUGGUAAACCUUCAUUAAUGUAAUAAAAGAUGAAGGAUUGUUAGCUUUAUAUAAAGGAACUUUACCAUAUUGUAUAAAGAUAUCAAUUGGAUUUACUUUGACCUUUGUGCUGUAUGAAUAAUUCAAGAGAUAAAUAAUUUGAA